AUGAAAAUAAACUGGAGUAGGAUUCUAGGUGCCACAUUGGUAUUAGGGAAUUACGUUUCGGCCCAUACUGAAGCAGAUGAGAAAUUGACCGAUGAUGAUCUGUCACUUCCUGAUCUAGCUCAACUUGAGAAGCUACUAGCACCAAACUGGCAUAUUACUGGUGACUCCACUUUUGAGAACGGAAGAUUGAUCCUCACUCCUAAAGCAAACACCAAAGGUUCAUUAACUAAUGAUUUAGAACUUUCUUAUGAUUCAUGGACCAUUGAAACAAUUAUUAGAAGUACUGGUGCUUUUGGAAAGACAAACAGUGGUGUCUCAUUAAGAUAUAUCGCUGAACACAAUGAUGACACAUCAUUUUUUGGAGGCCCCGGUAAAUUUGAAGGUUUGAACAUCGUUGUUGAUAGUGAUGGUCCAACUGGUAGUACCAUUCGUGGUUAUCUAAAUGAUGGUACUGUCGAUUACAGCAAAUUAGGCGAUAAAAUUUAUGAAAAUUCAUUUGGCUCAUGCUUAGCUGCAUAUCAAGAUUCACAAGUUCCAUUUACUUUAAGAGUGGUUUACUAUAAUGGUAUCUUGACAGUUCAAGUCGAUAACAAAGUAUGCAUGAGGACUAAACAAGUCAAACUUCCAAAGAAUUAUAAGGUUGGUUUUAGUGCUUCUACUGGCUCUCAACAUGAACAGUUCGAAUUAUUAAGAUUGAAGACUUAUGGUGGUGUUUUAAGUGAAGUAUUGGACAAUGAAAACAUUGCUGCUACUCAACCAAAAGUUAUCACCGAAUACGUUCAAUUGGACAAAGAUGGUAAACCAAUGGGAAAAGUUGAGAAACCAAAAGAAGACAAAGUCUCCACCACUGAUGAUGUUUCAUUAAGUCACUUGCUAUCAACAAUUGAUCAAAUUCAACUUUCAAACAAGGAAUUAUUAAACAACUUUGUUCAAAUUAAGUUGACUGGAUUAUCCAUCACUAGUUCAUCUGGUAAAAAGGCUGAUUUAUCAUAUUUGGAAGAUUACACAUUGAAAAUUAAAGUCUUGAGUGAUCGUGUUCUUUCAUUGGAAACAACAUUAAAUCAAUUUGAUUCCAAAAUUGCAACAUUGGAAAGAUUAUUAAGAAGUGAGAUAAAUACAUUAACAGGAACCAUAAAUAAGGUUGCAGCUGAUAACGUUAAUCAACUACGUGAGAAUGAACAUUCGAUUGAGGAAUUGAGUAAAAAUAUUCAAUUCUUGGUUUAUUCUGAAAAGGAAAAACAAGAAAACCCAAUCACUGAAUUAGUUUCAGGAUUGAAAUUCUUAAUCAUUCCAAUUUUGAUAUUAACAAUUCUGUUGAUAAUGUUCACUUUUAGACUACGUCACGACAUCAAGAGUAAAUUGUUGUGA